AUGCGGACAGGGAGAGGGAGAGGGCUAAGGAGAAGAGAGAAGGCCAAAGAAAGAGAGAGGGUAAGGGAAGAGAAGGAGAGGGAGAGGGAGAGUGAAAAGGAGAGGGCGAAGGAGAAAGAGAGGGAGAGGGAGAGGGAGAAGGAAAGAAGAAGGGAACGAGAAAGGGAAAAAAACAGGGAGAAGGAAGAGAGAGAACAAGCGAAGGAACAUAGAGAACGGGAGAGAGAAAAGGAGAGGGCAGAGAGGAAGAGGGUGAGGGGCGUGGAGAAACACAUAGAUGAGGACGAGGGAAGAGAUGGUGACGAGGUUAGGGAUCAUGAUCGGAAGCAUCAAAGAACUGCGGAGGAUUCCCAUCACAAGGAAUGGGAGCAGCCUAGAAGGUCUGACCGGCAUAGGGAGGAUAGUAAUGAACCUAUGAAGAAGAUGAAACGGAGUGAAGACGAAUCUGGCACAGUGAUUAAGAAGACCUAUGAAGAAGGUCUUGAGGAGGAGCAGUUGAAACUGGAUGAGGAGAUGGAAAAGCGGAGGCGGAGGGUUCAGGAAUGGCAGGAGCUGAGGAGGAAGAAGGAGGAACAGGAAAGGGAAAAAAAUGGUGAGGCCAGUGGUGAAGAACAGCUGCAGUCCAGCAAGAAGUGGACCUUGGAAGGAGAGUCUGAUGAUGACGAAGCCUUGCCUGUUUCAAAGGUAGAGAAAGAUGAAGCUCUGGAUGAAGAACCUAAACCUGGAGAUGGAGAUGGUAACACUAUGGCAGUAGACUCGAUGGAAGAUCUUCCGGUGGCUAAUGGCAAUGGAGAUGCAGAUGCUGAGGAAAUUGACCCUCUUGACGCUUACAUGAAUUCUCUACAAUUGCCUGAAGAUGCUGAGAAGCCGGAUGGUCCAGACACCUCUCAGAGGCCUAGUCGUACUGUAACCAACCAAGAUGGUGUCCCCAACAAUGACGUCACCAUCAUUGAAAAAAGGAGGAAGGACGGGAAAAUUGUGAUGGGUAGAAUUAUCCCUGGUGAAGAUUCUGAUUCAGAUUAUGUGGAUGCUGAGAACGAUGAAGUUCCUCCAGAAGAUGAAGAUGAUGACGAGUUCAUUAAGAGGGUGAAAAAGACAAAGGUUGAGAAGCUAACUAUCGUCGACCAUUCAAAAAUUCAGUAUCCAGAAUUCCGCAAGAACUUUUAUCUUGAAGUAAAGGAAAUCGCAAGGAUGACAGCUGCAGAAGUUGCUGCUUACAGGAAGGAACUCGAGUUAAAGCUACAUGGGAAAGAUGUGCCGAAGCCUAUCAAGACAUGGAACCAGACUGGCUUGACAAGAAAAGUUCUGGAGACAAUAAAAAAACUCAAUUUCGAGAAACCGAUGCCUAUUCAAGCUCAGGCUUUGCCUGUAAUUAUGAGUGGGCGUGACUGCAUAGGCAUUGCGAAAACAGGUUCAGGGAAGACAUUAGCCUUUGUAUUGCCUAUGCUGCGGCACAUAAAGGAUCAACCAUCAUUGGUGUCUGGCGAUGGUCCAAUUGGGCUUAUAAUGGCCCCUACGAGAGAGCUGGUCCAGCAAAUUCACAAUGAUAUCAAGAAGUUUGCCAAGGCUGUGGGUCUCAGUUGCGUGGCCGUAUAUGGGGGAUCCGGCGUGGCUCAACAGAUAGGCGAUUUGAAACGAGGUACGGAGAUUGUUGUAUGUACACCUGGUAGAAUGAUUGAUGUCCUAUGUACCAGCAGUGGAAAGAUUACAAACUUGCACAGAGUUACCUACUUGGUCAUGGAUGAAGCUGAUCGGAUGUUCGAUAUGGGCUUUGAACCUCAAAUUACUAGAAUAGUUCAGAAUACGAGACCAGACCGCCAGACAGUCCUAUUCUCGGCCACUUUUCCACGUCAGGUGGAAGGACUUGCUCGCAAAGUGUUGAACAAACCUGUUGAAAUUCUAGUGGGUGGAAGAAGCGUUGUCAACAAAGAUAUAACUCAAUUAGUUGAGGUGAGAAAAGAAAGUGACAGGUUCUUACGGCUGCUGGAGCUUCUGGGUGAAUGGUAUGAGAAAGGAAAAAUACUUGUUUUUGUCCAAUCACAGGACAGGUGUGAUUCUUUGUUCAAGGAUUUGCUUAAGCAUGGGUACCCUUGCCUUUCACUGCACGGGGCCAAGGAUCAAACUGACCGUGAAUCCACCAUUUCUGAUUUUAAGAGUAAUGUCUGCAACCUGCUGAUCGCUACAAGUGUUGCUGCAAGAGGACUAGAUGUGAAAGAACUUGAACUUGUGGUAAAUUAUGAUGUGCCCAACCACUAUGAGGACUAUGUCCACCGGGUCGGUCGGACUGGUCGAGCAGGCCGCAAAGGUUGUGCUGUUACAUUCAUUUCUGAGGAAGAGGAAAGGUACACACCAGAUCUUGUGAAGGCACUGGAGCUCUCUGAGCAGGCUGUUCCUGAAGAUCUCAAGGCUCUUGCUAGUGGGUUUAUGGCUAAGGUAAACCAGGGAACAGAGCAGGCUCAUGGAACUGGUUAUGGAGGGAGUGGAUUUAAAUUUAACGAGGAGGAAGAUGAAGCAAGAAAGGCUGCAAAGAAGGCACAAGCAAGGGAAUACGGUUUCGAGGAGGAUAAGUCGGAUUCAGAAUCUGAGGAUGAUGGUGUUCGAAAAGCUUCAGGCGAUAUAUCUCAGGCCGCAGCUCUUGCCCAAGCCGCAGCAAUAGCUGCGGCCUCAAAGGUUGCCAUGGGUGCGGCCCCUGUUGCUCCCGCGUCUCUGUUACUCAACGGCGGCGGGCUUCCUCUUAUUCCUGGUGCAGUCGGCCUUGCAACUGCUGCUGCAAAUCCCAUCUCCAUCCUCCCCGGUGAUGCUGCUGCCAGGGCUACUGCACUUGCUGCUGCUAUUAACUUGCAGCACAAUUUGGCUAAGAUACAGGCCGACACUAUGCCAGAACACUACGUAGCCGAGCUGGAGAUUAACGACUUCCCCCAGAAUGCUCGUUGGAAAGUUACCCACAAGGAGACUCUCGGCCCAAUUUCUGAGUGGACUGGAGCAGCUAUAACCACCCGAGGGCAGUACUAUCCUCCUGGGAAGAUACCAGCCCAAGGAGAACGUAAGCUCUACCUGUUCAUUGAAGGCACGACUGAGUCGUCUGUCAAGAAGGCUAAAGCUGAGCUAAAAAGGGCUUUGGAGGACUUCACGGCGCACGCGUUGUCUCUUCCAGGCGCCUCACAACCGGGGAAGUAUUCAGUUAUCUGA